AUGAAAGGGCAUCAUAAUUUCUUUUUAAGUGUGCGUAAUUACAAAAUUCUCAUAUUUCUAACUGUCUUAGUGGGUUUGUGUUUGAUUUAUUUUCAAAACAGUGGCGUUUAUCAUAACAAAUACCUUCCGUUACCACGAGAGGCAAUGGAAAAAGUGAGUUACAGCCUUCAGUUGCACAAAUAUAUUAUCGAUCAGUACUACGAUUAUCGAAAGGAUCUGAAAACAUCUAACCUAGGAUCCAUUCUCUUCAAAAGGAAUGACAAGAAAACAUUAUUAGUUGAAAAAAAUAGAACAUUUACGGUACUAAUAUGGAGACAUUGGGAAUGGCUGAAAUAUCGCCACAUUUUUCGCUAUAGUUCAACACCGCAUAAUCCACUGGAGGAUUGUAGUGUUAAUAAUUGUGAAUUCACCGGAAACAACCGACUGUUAGACAAGGUUGACGCUGUGGUUGUUCAUCUGCAAAAAGGAGUUCUCCCGAACAUCUAUAAUAGAACAAGAACGCAGCGCUGGAUAUUUUUAACCGACGAAUCUCCAAUACAUCUCUUUGGAAAUGAAAAAAACAGACCAAACUUAUCGGACUUGGUUAAUGUCUUCAAUUGGUCUAUGACCUAUAGAACUGAUGCCGACAUUCCUGUUCCAUAUGGUCGAACAGUACCACUUGAAGCUCCAAUAUUUACCGAAACAACAAAUACGAAUAUUACUAAACUAAUACCUAAUUGGAAAAAUAAAAGGCGAGAUGUAUUGGCCUCGAUUCUGAUGUCUAACUGCGGUGUACCGUAUCGAAUGAAGUAUUUAAAUAAGUUGAAAAAACACAUGAAAAUUGAUAUUCAUGGAAAAUGCUCGGAUUCACAUCUUGUUAACAGCUGCCCUGGUCAUUUCCGAGCAGAUUGCAAGAUAAUAUCAAACUACCUCUUUUACUUCGUAUUAGAAAACUCUCUUUGUAAGGAAUAUAUAACCGAGAAGUUGUUUCACCAAGCGUACGCAAAAGGGGCCAUACCAAUAAUCCAAGGUCCGCCUUUAGAAGAUUGUAAGAGACUUUUGCCGCCNCGCCCAACAAAUUCACUCUCGUUGUUACUGAUUCCAUAA